AUGUGGCUCCACCCCACGGAAUCUGGAGCCAAGCUCGAGCUCUGCCCUGAGAGCACCGAGACAUCUGAGAACCUAUGGCUUCCAGAUGUCCUCAUGGAGCACAUGGAUGUGGAUCAGACGCCUUCGGGUCUCACUGCCUACGUUAGCAGCGAAGGCCGAAUAAAGUACGAUAAGCCGAUGAGGGUGACCAGCAUCUGUAACCUGGACAUCUUCUACUUCCCUUUUGACCAGCAGAACUGCACCUUCACCUUCAGCUCUUUCCUCUACACUGUGGACAGCAUGCUGCUGGGCAUGGACAAGGAGGUGUGGGAGAUCACAGACACGUCUCGAAAAGUCAUCCGAACCCAGGGGGAGUGGGAGCUCCUGGGCAUCAACAAGGCCACCCCAAAAAUGUCCGUGGGCAGCAACCUCUAUGACCAGAUCAUGUUCUAUGUGGCCAUCAGGCGCAGGCCCAGCCUCUACAUCAUAAACCUGCUGGUGCCCAGUAGCUUCCUGAUUGCCAUUGACGCCCUCAGUUUCUACCUGCCAGCAGAGAGCGAGAGCCGUGCCCCAUUCAAGAUAACGCUCCUGCUGGGCUAUAACGUCUUCCUGCUCAUGAUGAAUGACUUGCUUCCUGCCAGUGGCACCCCCCUCAUCAGUGUCUACUUCGCGCUGUGCCUGUCCCUGAUGGUGCUCAGCCUGCUGGAAACCGUCUUCAUCACCUACCUGCUGCACGUGGCCACCACCCAGCCCCCACCCAUGCCUCGGUGGCUCCACUCCUUGCUGCUGCCCUGCACCAGCCCAGGGAGAUGCUGUCCCACUGCGCCCCAGAAGGGAAAUGAGGGCCUGGGUCUCACCCCCACCCACCUGCCCGGCCCAAAGGAGCCGGGGGAGUUAGGGAAGGAGGUGAGACCCGGAGAGACCGAGCUAGAUGGGGGCUCAGGAUGGACAAAGACCCAGCUAGUGGAGCUGUGGGUGCAGUUCAGCCACGCGAUGGACAUCCUGCUCUUCCGCCUCUACCUGCUCUUCAUGGCCUCCUCCAUCCUCACUGUCAUCGUCCUCUGGAACACCUAGGCAGACUUCCCCCCUCCCUGGCAAACCACAGCUUGGAGUUUCUGCUGGACUGAGGGCCAGCCAGACUCACUUUCCAAUCUUAGCCACUUAUCCCCAGUGACUACCAUGUCCCCUUCUAAAUUCCAAAAACUGCAACGUAGCACUACCAAGCAGGUUCAGGACAGCCCUGGACAAUCCUGACUCCUCACACACCAGGCUGCUCAUUCCUGCGUACCUUCAGAGUCCCCGAGCUACACCCAGCUCCUUCCUCCCUGAUCAAUAAGCCCAGGUCAGUGGAGUCCCCCUUCACUGAUCACCCCAGUAAACAACUUUCCAG